GGCUGCAUCAUGCUUGGAAUUUGGAUACUGGCCCUAUUCCUUCUCAGUGCAGCAGAAGGCAAAGAAGUUUGCUAUGAAAGGCUUGGAUGCUUCACAGAUGAUGUGCCAUGGUCUGGGACUAUAGAAAGACCAAUCUAUAAGUUACCCUGGAAACCAGAAAGUAUAGACAUUCACUUCCUCCUGUACACAAGAGAAGACCCUGACUUUCAAGAAGUCUCUGCAGUUGAUAAGUCAACAAUUGAGAGCUCCAAUUUUAACACGAGCAGGAUGACCAGAUUUAUAGUACAUGGAUUUAUAGACAAUGGAGAAGAACACUGGCUGUCAGACAUGUGCAAGAGGAUGCUUACUGUGGAAGAUGUGAACUGCAUCUGUGUGAACUGGCAGAGAGGUGCAAGAUGUCAGUACACCCAGGCAUCGAACAACAUCCGUGUCGUAGGCGCCGAAAUCGCUUAUUUUGUAGAAGUUCUUAUGGACGAAUACGGAUACUCUCCGGCUGACGUCCACAUAAUCGGGCACAGCCUUGGAGCACAUGCUGCUGGUGAGGCUGGCAGGAGGAGGCCAGGGAUUGGAAGAAUAACUGGACUGGACCCUGCUCAACCUAUUUUCAAGGCACUCCAGUUGAAGUCAGACUGGAUAAAUCGGAUGCAGAUUUUGUUGACGUUAUCCAUACAGACUCAGCUCCACAAUCCCCAACUUAGGUUUUGGCAUAAACCAGCAAUAGGACAUAUUGACUUUUAUCCAAAUGGAGGAGAGGAAAUGCCAGGGUGUGGGAAGAACGCUGUCUCACAGAUUGUAGAUCUCGAUGGCAUCUGGGAAGGAACCCGGGACUUUGUGGCUUGCAAUCAUUUGCGGAGUUACAAGUAUUACUCGGACAGUAUCAUCUACCCUAAUGGCUUUUUAGGCUAUCCUUGUGCUUCAUAUCUUUUUCAAUCAGGAAAUUGUUUUCCAUGCCCACAAGAAGGAUGCCCAAAUAUGGGUCACCAUGCAGAUAAAUUCAAAGGGAAAAUUACAGAGGACGUUCUCAAAUUUUACCUGAAUACUGGAGAGGCCAGGGAUUUUCCUCUUUGGAGGUACAAAGUAACUGUGACCCUCUCUGGAAAGAGUAGAGUAAAUGGAUAUGUAAAUGUUGCCCUGUAUGGCAGUGAUGGGAAUACAAAGCAGCACCAGGUCACCAAGGGAACCCUCAAACCAGACAACACUUACACAGCCUACAUCGAUGCAGAAGUUAAUGUUGGAAAAAUUACAAAGGUUAAAUUUCUUUGGAACAACAACUGGAUUAAUCCAACUUUGCCUAAAUUAGGAGCUUCGACUAUCACAGUAGAAUCUGGACAAAAUGGAAUACAAUACCAUUUCUGUGGGUCCGAGAGCGUGAGAGAAGAUGUUCUGCAAACUCUUACUCCUUGCUAACAGCACAUAACCUUGCUACCAAUAAAAGCUACUCAUGCAGA